CAAAAACAUUAGGUGCAUUUGAGCUAUUUAUACAAAAUGGAUAUCCAUUAACAUUCUAUAUUGGCUUUCUAUUACAGGUAUAAUUUGCAUUUUUCAUGGGAGGAAAAAUCAACAUGAAUGCCUAAAUUGUUUUUUGGAGCACUUUGAAAGAAGAAAAUAUCCUUAGAAACAAAAAGUUACUUCACCACAGAGUCAUAACGCUAAUUUUGAACAAUGAUAAUAGGGUGCUUGUGAAUAAAAGAGGAAUUUUAAACUCACACCUCUUGUCUAUACCUUCUCAUGACCUCUAUUUCAAAGCAUUAUUCCUCCCUACUUAAGCUUUACUCUGAAACCCGAUAUCUAGUUGAGGUGAAAAAACUCCACGGCCUUAUCCUCAAAACCCUUCACUAUAGUAAUACUCUCCUUUUCAACAAUUUGAUCACCUCCUACUCCAAAUCAAAUCUCCCCUCUUAUGCAUAUAGAGUUUUUCUUCAAAUACCUUGUCAAAAUCUCUUCUCAUGGAAUGCUGUCCUCUCCUCUUCUGCCAAGUCUGGCCACUUAUCUGAAAUGUGCAACAUCUUCAACUCAAUGCCGGAAAGGGAUUGCAUUUCAUGGAACUCGGUGAUCUCUGGAUAUGCCUCUCAUGGUUUCCCUGAGAAGGCGGUUCACACAUACAAACUUAUGUUGAGGGAUGGAUGUUCCAUGCAAAAUCGAAUCACUUUCUCCACGAUGUUGAUCAUUUCAUCGGCUAUGGUUUCUUUCACAUUGGGCAUACAGGUUCAUUGCCAAGGAAUAAAACAUGGGCUUGGAUCUCAUGUCUUUGUGGGUAGUCCUUUGGUUGGUAUGUAUUCCAAGGCUGGACUAGUAUAUGAGGCAUGGUUAGCUUUUCAGGAGGUUAAGGAGAAGAAUCUAGUACUUCACAAUACAAUGAUCAUGAGUUAUCUACGAUGCGGCAUGAUUGAGGAAUCAAAGAGGUUAUUUGCAGGAAUGAGAGAGAGAGACUCAAUCUCUUGGACCACCAUGAUUACUGGUCUCACUCGCAAUGGUUGUGAGCUUGAAGCCAUUGACUUGUUUAACAAGAUGAGAUAUGCUGGUAUAAAAAUGGAUCAAUAUACAUUUGGUAGUGUUUUGACUGCAUGUGGUGCUCUAGCAGUAUUAGACCAAGGAAAACAGAUUCAUGCCUUCAUUAUUAGGACUCACUUUGAUGACAAUGUAUUUGUUGGCAGUGCACUUGUUGAUAUGUAUUCCAAAUGCAAGAAUAUAAGAUUGGCUGAGUCAAUUUUCAAGCGAAUGAAGGUAAAAAAUCUUGUUACUUGGACUGCCAUGCUUGUGGGAUAUGGUCAGAAUGAAUGCUAUGAGGAAGCUAUUAGAAGCUUUCUUCAAUUGCAAAGGCAUGGUAUUGAGCCUGAUGAUUUCACCAUUGGGAGUGCAAUAAGCUCUUGCGCUAAUAUAGCAAGCUUAGAGGAGGGAGCACAGCUUCAUUGUAGGGCUAUUCUCUUAGGGCUAAAUUCAUUCAUCACUGUCUCAAAUGCUUUAGUUACACUAUACGGUAAGUGUGGUAAUAUCAACGACUCUCAUCGAUUAUUCGAUGAAAUGAUUACUAGGGAUGAGGUCUCAUGGACUGCAUUGGUCUCAGGAUAUGCUCAAAUUGGGAAGGCAAAGGAGACAAUUGAGCUAUUUGAGAGGAUGAUGGCUAAUAAUGUCAAGCCCGAUGGGGUCACCUUCAUUGGUGUAUUAUCAGCUUGUAGUCGAGCCGCAAUGGUGGAGGAAGGAUACUAUUAUUUUAACUCCAUGAUCAAUGACCAUCAAAUCGUUCCUGUCGCUGAUCAUUAUACUUGCAUGAUUGAUCUUCUUAGUAGAGCAGGAAGAUUAAAAGAGGCUGAGGAUUUCAUAAAGAAGAUGCCUUGUCGUCUAGAUGCAAUUGGUUGGGCUACACUUUUAAGCUCAUGCAGGGUUCAUGGCAACAUUGAAAUGGCAAAAUGGGCAGCUGAGUCUUUGAUUGAAUUGGACCCUCAAAAUCCUGCAAGUUAUUUACUUCUUUUGAAUAUGCACGCAACAAAUAAAAAUUGGGAGGAAGUGGCUCAAAUAAGAAAGGCAAUGAGAGAUAAGGGGGUGAGGAAGGAGCCUGGAUGCAGCUGGAUCAAGUACAAUAACAAGGUUCAUAUCUUCUCUGCCGAUGACCAAUCACAUCCAGAUUCAGAAAAAAUCUAUGCUGAACUGGAAAUGCUUGGUUUAAAGAUGGAAAAAGAAGGUUACAGACCAAAUACGAGCUCUGUACUGCAUGAUGUGUCUGAGUCUGAGAAGAGAUUUAUGCUUGGCCACCAUAGUGAGAAGCUUGCCAUUGCUUUUGGCUUAAUAUUCUUGCCGAACAAGUUUCCUAUAAGAGUGUUCAAGAAUCUAAGAGUUUGUAUUGAUUGUCACAGUGCCACCAAGUAUAUAUCUAAGAUAACCGGACGAGAGAUUCUUGUAAGAGAUGCUGUACGUUUUCAUAAGUUCAAUGAUGGCUUAUGCUCAUGUGGAGAUUUUUGGUGAUUUAUUUUUCUUCUCAUCAUUUUUAAGGUAUAUACAACACCAAUAUUGCUUUUUCCCCCAUGAACUUAGCUCACCAAGUUUUUAUA